AUGCUUCUCCGUUUGCCGCCCAGCCUGCAUUACCCGAUCACCGUGACCUCGCUGCUCAAGCAACCUGGCGACUCUAUUGAGAGAGAUGAGGCGCUUUUCUGGUAUAUCUAUGAGACGACCGUCAUCGAGGGUGACGGGCUGGGAAACAAGAUCGAGGUGCAACGCCGGUUUCCGACCAGGUUUGAAUCGACCGUCGAUGGAGAGAUUGUACAAUGGAAAGUCACCAAAGGUGAUAUCAUCGAUGAGCCGGUUGACAUUGUCGAAAUCGAUGAACCAUGCGCGCACGAGGUUCAGUUCGGAGGACUCUGCGCUGAGUGUGGGAAGGACAUGACUGAAUCUUCCUAUAAUACCGAGAUCAUGGACUCCAUGCGCGCUCCGAUCCAGAUGACCCAUGACAACACCACACUCACCGUCAGUGAGAAAGAGGCAGCACGCGUAGAGGAGGAUGCAAAACGUCGCCUGCUGGCGUCUCGGCGUCUCUCUCUCGUGGUGGACCUCGACCAGACAAUCAUUCAUGCUACCGUCGACCCAACCGUCGGUGAAUGGAAGGAGGACAAGGAUAACCCCAAUCACGAGGCCUUGAAGAAUGUGCGACAAUUCCAGCUGAUCGACGACGGUCCUGGAAUGCGUGGGUGCUGGUACUAUAUCAAACUGCGGCCGGGGCUGGAGCAGUUUCUGGAGAAUGUUGCAGAGCUGUUCGAACUGCACAUCUACACCAUGGGGACGCGAGCCUAUGCUCAGAAUAUUGCGGACAUCAUUGAUCCCACUCGCAAGCUCUUUGGGGAUCGUAUUCUUAGCCGUGACGAGAGUGGUAGCCUGACUGCCAAGAACUUGCAGCGGCUAUUCCCCGUCGACACCAAGAUGGUGGUUAUUAUCGAUGACCGCGGCGACGUGUGGCGAUGGAACCCUAAUCUGAUCAAGGUCUCUCCGUAUGAUUUCUUCAUCGGGAUUGGUGACAUCAACUCGAGUUUCCUACCGGAAAAGCAAGACAUCGGCGCGACGAAUAAGUCUUUACCCACAUCUGCAGAGAAGGAGAAGGAGAAGAAGAAGAAGGAUAAGAAAGAACACCACGUGAAUGGCGCGACUAUGAAAGCGGAAGGGGAAACGGAGGUUUCGGCAUUGGAGCAGCUCGUGACCAUGGGAGGCGGUGACAACCCGAGGCUGCUUCAGGAACAGACCAAUGCGCAGGAAGAGACAAUAAUGCAUCAGGUCGAGGACCGACCGCUCCUCCAGAAACAAAAAGAACUGGAUGCGGAGGAUGAGGUUGCCGAGAGUAGCGAGGAUUCUUCCAGUGUGGACGAAGCCCAUGACCCGAACAAACACCGUCAUCAUCUGCUGGAGGACCACGACCAAGAACUUUAUCAACUGCAGGAUCGGCUUGAAAAGGUCCAUACACAAUUUUUUGAUGAAUAUGACAAGAAACGGACUCAUGCCCUGGGAGGUCGGGUGGCGGCCUUGCGGGGAGAGAAGAUCCCAUCAAAAGACAAAGACGUGGAUCUCAAGCUGGUUCCCGACGUGAAAGAUAUCAUGCCGCAAAUCAAACGGCAGGCUCUCGGGAGGGUUGUGUUGGUGUUUUCGGGUGUUCUUCCACUCGGAAGCGACGCACAGAACGCUGACAUCUCUCUAUGGGCCAAGAGCUUUGGCGUGGUGAUUGCGUCGAAGAUCAAUAUUCGCACCACUCACCUGGUGGCUGGCCGCAACCGCACGGCAAAGGUCCGGGAAGCCACGCGGUACCCGAAUGUCAAGAUUGUCACGACGCAGUGGCUCCUGGACUCACUGGUGCAAUGGCAACACCUGGAUGAGGAGCCAUAUCUGGUUCCCGUGCACCCGGACGACCGUGGUGAACCCAUCUCCCCCACUUCCCAAGAGGUUGCGGAGGGAACCUGGUUAUCGUCCGGGGAUGAGGGGACGGGAUCGUUCUGGACCGAGGACGAGGGUGGCAACACACCUGAUAUGUUCAAGUCAGCCGGAUUCAACGAAACAUCUCCUAUUGGAUACGACGAGGACGAGCAAGCCGCAGUACACGACGAGCUGAAGGAGUUCCUGGGCAGCGACGACGAAAGUGAAAGCGACAACGAGGCACUGACCGAGGAGUCAACGAUGACCAGCAAGAAACGGAAGCGCGGCGAAGGAAGUGAAGAAGGAGGAGACGAUGAAUUGACGGGAGAAGACGGCGAUGAGACGGAUCUACGAGGAUCACGGCUAUCGCAGCGAAUCAAGCGGUCCUACGAACGCAGCACGGGACUCCGCGAAGUCGCAACGGCGACCGGUUCUGCAGCGGACGAGCCUCUGUCCAAACUUCCACGCCCUACAGGUCCGGACGACGAGGAGCCUGAUGCCGAGGCUGCAGGUGCCCGUCGCGGCCAGGAACUGAGUUAUCCAGAAGACCCGGCAGAGGACGACGACGAGUUGGAACGAGAGAUGCUCGCGGCGUUCGAGGACGGUGAUUAUGACUCCGCCGCCGAGGAGGAAGCUGCCGCCGAGAAUGGAUAG